AGUGUCAGUUUGUAACUUUUAAGGUUGCACAAAGUGAUUUUGGUAUGGUUUUGGUUUUCCAUGAAUUCCCUAUUUGAAGAACUUAAUCCUUUUUAAGGUAAUGCAGUGUUUAGUUUGAUAAUUAAACUUGAAUCAUCUUACGGGGGAAAAAAGCAAUGUGAGUAAAGGAAAGUUGACAGCAUUUAUUCUUUCUAAAAUUAAACACUGAAGAAAACGAAUAUUCCUGUUGUAAAUACUCUUCAUUCCUACAUGAAUCUUUAUAGUUCGGUCCCAGGCCCCUGGGCUUUGUUUGUGUUUUGUUUUUAAUUAUUCUAGCAAAGGGGAAAAAUAAGAGACUCGUGGAAAUUUAGCAGGGCAGUAGGAUUUAGAAAUAAAGUUUAUUUUCCAGUUCUUGCCUACUUCCAGAAGGAGGUGAAUGAGCUCCAGGUUCUCAUCACCUUCUUUUGCAGAAUAAACAACCAAUGAAAAUUGAACUCUUCAAAGAAAAAUGCUUUGUGUGGGAAAUACUUAUUCUUCAGUGUAACAGCAUUUUUCAGUCAGUUGAAAUUAAAGGAAAGUAGUGAGUUAUUCUUGAAGAAGAUAUCAAUUAUGUAAUAUACGAAAGCGAUUUAAUUUUUGGUCGUGUGUUUCUGGCCACCCAAAUUUUGUGUUUGAAUAGAAUUCGCUGUGAGACAUAGGAGCUUGAGCAAAUGCUUACGUAACAUCUACUAUUUUCUGUAACUUGUGUGGACAUUACCUUAGAAUAUUCAUGUGAGAUCAUUCUUCCCUGCAUAAAUUCUUGAAAUCCUCUUCAUGGUUGGUUUAUUCAAUAAGUAUUUAUUAUUAUCUGCCUAAUAUAUGCCAGACACUGUGCUAAGAAGCACUACGAAUACAAAGAGCCGUUGGAACAGUCACAAACGGUAAAACACAGUGGACCAGUUGUUCCAUUAUGGAUGGAGGGGAUGAUGGUAAUCUUGUUAUCAAAAAGAGGUUUGUGUCCGAGGCAGAACUAGAUGAACGGCGCAAAAGGAGGCAAGAAGAAUGGGAGAAAGUUCGAAAACCGGAAGAUCCAGAAGAAUGUCCAGAGGAGGUUUAUGACCCUCGGUCUCUGUAUGAAAGGCUACAGGAACAGAAAGACAGGAAGCAGCAGGAGUAUGAGGAGCAGUUCAAAUUCAAAAACAUGGUAAGAGGCUUAGACGAAGAUGAGACUAACUUCCUCGACGAGGUUUCCCGGCAGCAGGAACUACUAGAAAAGCAACGAAGAGAAGAAGAACUGAAAGAACUGAAGGAAUACAGAAGUAAUCUCAACAAAGUUGGACUUUCUCCAGAAAACAAGAAGGAGGUGGAGAAGAAAGUGGCUGUGAAAUCCAUAGAAACCAAGAACAAGUUCUCCCAGGCGAAGCUGUUGGCAGGAGCUGUGAAACAUAAGAGCUCAGAGAGCGGGAACAGCGUGAAAAGACUGAAGUCGGACACUGACCCAGAUGACAAGAGUCAAGAAGCCCCGUCCUGCAUGUCUCUUGGAAGCACGUCCCUGAGCACUCCUUCCAUCCACUGCCCCUCUGCCGCGGUCUGUAUUGGCAUCCUCCCAGGCUUGGGUGCCUAUUCGGGCAGCAGCGACUCCGAGUCCAGCUCAGACAGUGAAGGCACCAUCAACGCCACUGGCAAGAUCGUCUCCUCCAUCUUCCGAACCAACACCUUCCUCGAGGCCCCCUAGCUCCCGUGUCCCUCCCAAGCUCCUGCCCAAGAGUAGACCGGACGGUUUGUUCUGCCUACGGGCAUUACCUCCCUCAGAACUCCUUUGCCUGCUUCCUGUGCACACCGUGACAUUUUUAACCUCAUCUAAAAAUGUGCCAGAGUCCACUUGUGGCCCGACUUGUGUUUGGUUUCUCUUUUCACUCCAGUGCAGAUGUCCAGACCUGUCCUGCUGCGUCUUUCCUUGCUGAUGUGCUGGGGGGAGGGGAGGAGGGCUCAGCAGAAAUUCCACUGAAUAUGCCCUGGGAAGAUAGGCACCCACUGGUGUGCAGAGUGUUUGGAUCAUGUUGCUUUCUUUUUUUCCUUUCCCAACAGCACAAAGAAGCAAGGGCAGUUAUUGGACAGGUAUUAUUUAAACAUUCGGCUCUAGAUGACCAUCCCGUUUGGUUGUACUGCAUUGUGGAACACAUGGGGGACGGGGGUGGGUGGGAGAAAUGAGCCGGGUGACGGAAUGGCGACCUCCCUUGGAACUAACCAAUUCUCGAUGUUGUGUGACUAAGUAAAGAUUCUGAACUGCGUCUGCAGGGAGUGUCACUUAACACUCA